AUGGCAUCUUGCCUUGUGUAUGGUCCCAAAAUGCCUCUUGCAGUGGAUUGCACUGCUGAACUGAUUCGUUGCAAGGUCCUGGAUUCAUCUGGCAGAUUAAAGUCACAUGAGCUCAUCCUCUCUUAUGGGCUGGCUCUUGUAAGGUUUGUCAACUUGAUCACAGAAAGGAAACAGAAAAUGGUCAGCAUUCCUCUGAGACAAUUAGCCAGAGAGGUGGACAUCCCCAUCUGGGUGGUGGAUCUCCGGCAUGAGCUGACCCAUGGGAAGCUGCCACAGCUGGCCCUGUGCCGCAAGGGGUGUGACGUUGUGCUGGACUGGCUACGGAAGACGUAUUGGAGCCGUCAGCUGGGGAAUAACUUGUGUGAAGAAAGUCAGGAUGAAGAUGAGGAAGAGGAGCAGGAAGGGAUGGAAGCAAAUGCAGAGCUGGAUAAUGGUGCAUGGGAGAUUCAAACCCCACAGCAUGAGACCUGUCAGAAACACAAGGAAUUCCAUGAAAAAGUCAGAGAUGUGCUGAUGUCCUACAAGAAUGAGCAGUUUCAGGUUUUGCAGACUCUGCAGUCUGUCUCAAAGUCUCAAGAAGUAUGGUCUGAUUCUUCCUCAGAAGUGGACUGGAUUUUGGCUCAGAUCAAAGACCUGAUGCAAGAGAACAGGGAGACAGUGGCUGAAGCUCUUCUCAGUGAUGGCUUUCUUAUCCCAAAAAUGGAUUGUCUGAAGAUGCUAAAUAUCAAGUAUGAAGCAAAUAGAGAGGUCUGGCAGUUCAAAAUUCCUCAGACAUUUUACUGCUUUUGGCAGCCUCUCCUGACAAGCCUUCUGUCCAGAAGUUUUACCCAGAUCCUAAUAGAGAAGAUGUUUAUGGAGCUGAAGGAAUGUCCUGACUCUUCAGAACUCCGGCCUCAGUUCUUGAUCAACUGGAUUUCUGAGAUUCUGACAGGCAUUGCCAGAGUCAAUGCUGGUGAGUAUGUCUGGAAUGUAUGGAAGAGAAGACAGCACUGUAACAAACAAGCAUCUGUGAAGGAGCUGUUCCUCCAUAAAAUUCCUUUGCACUGGAUAAGACUGACUGAGAAUUGCUUGGAAGCUCCCUGCUGGGCAACCCCCCACCUUCUCCAGCUGAUCCUCACAAUUAUGAGACCUCGCCUGCCACGUUCUUCACAGAAGAACCUUCUCUAUCUUGCUUCCAUUUACACAGAAGGAGAUGGCCCUUUGCCCAAUCCAGGCCUCUCUUCAGACUGCAGUGAACAGCCAGUUUACACUAUAGAGAGCUUGCAAUGGAAGGCCAGGCAAGAAAAUCAGGUUAAAAAUCAAGAGCAGAGUAUAGAGAAACAGGAAGAUGUGCUGGAGAGAGAUGAUGGUGUAGAAGAGGUGGAGGAGGUGGAAGAAGAGAUGGCAACUGAAGCAUCUCCUUUGGAAGGACUUGCUCAUCCUGGUAACACGGGGGCUAUUGCUGAGAAGAGAGCAGCACUGCAAGGGUCUGCCUGGCAGAUCACUGCAGAUGAAGUACAAUGGAAAGACUUUCCCCUUGGGAAACUCCCAGGUCAGACAGAUGACCCUGAUGGUCUCAUGUUGGAUAAUUAUUCCAUGAUGUCCCUGCUUGAUCAGCCAGUGAGAGAUGAGUGGAAGUCUCCCAAUACAAACUCUGCAGAAUUGAAUGUUUCUGUGACAGGAGGGUUACUAUGGACCCAGAAUGACUUCCAUAAAAUUAAAAGUGGCCUUCAACUUUUCUAA